UCAGUGUUAGCUGCCUGGGGGAACUUGUGUAUUUUAUCUGCAGGUCAGAUGAGGAAUUCUAAGUUCAGAGUUUUGUUGAGUCUACUACAGAAUGAAAGUGUUUGAUGUACAAGAACUGAGGUGGGAUCUUUACUGGCGAGAAAGAUGGGAUGGAAGUUCUAUGAUGCAGAUGAUUUUCACCCUUUGGAAAACAAAAUGAAAAUGUCGCAGGGAACACCAUUAAAUGAUGAGGACAGACAUCCCUGGCUUUGCAAGUUACAUGAAAUAUUAAUUGGAGAGAGCGCCUACGCUCAGAAUGUGGUGCUCGCGUGUUCAGCCUUAAAGAAAAUUUACAGGACAGUACUGACAACUGGAAGAAGCAACAUUCUACAAGAAAGUUCAAAACAGGACAAAGAGGUUGAUCUUUCUUCUGAGACAAUUUUUAUCUACUUGCAAGGCACCAUGGAAACUAUCUCCGAGAGGCUGCACAAGAGAAAAGACCACUUCAUGCCUUUAACAUUAUUAGAGUCCCAGUUUAAAACACUGGAGCCCCCAUCAGCACCAGAGCGUUUUAUUGUUAUGAAUGUAGAAAAGAAUAUUUCAGAAAUUGUUACUGAACUACAGAAGCAUUUGGAGAGUGUGAGUUUAUAUAGGGAAGAAAAGUGUCUGCCACCAUUAUAAUCUUAGCUGUGAGUUCUGAAGAUAGUUUAUGGUAGUAAUGUGCUAAAAGGGGCUUGGCUGCAUAGUGGCCCUAAAAGUAGAUGUUUUCUUAUUUUUAAUAGCAAGUCUAUUUUUUUUAGUAACAAAUUGGUAGUUGUGUUGGUGUAAAAAAUUGUGGUGCCGUUGGACUGCACACAGAAGGUGUUAGGAGAAAUCCAUUAUUAAUGAUAGCAAUAAUAGUGUGUAGUACUACUGAGUCCCUUUAAAAUAUUCAUAGAUAGCUGCAUUCUGUACAUAAUGACCAAUGGGGGGGGGGGGUUAAAUUAAAAAUGUUUUAAUAAUUUAUUUCAGAAAUGUGACUCUAUAUUGUCAUUAAAAUCUUUAAUAAAUUAAUUUAUUUUCCUUAUUUAUAGUUCCUUUCGACACACACUGCGAAAAAUAGUACAACAUGAAUAAAAGUAACCAUAGACAGCUGCAUCAUUUGCACAAUUACCAAUUAUGCCUAAAAUUGUAAUUUAAAAAUAUAAUAAAUUAAUUUGAUAUCCACAA